CGGCAGCCUGGGGCAUUUGCAGGAGCAAAGUUUGCAGAAUCAAGUGCUGCAACAGGAGCCAAGAGCCAGAAUGCAGACGGGUAGCGGAGAAAUAACCCUCCUUUAUUUUUGGGGUAUGGAUUUAUGUCAGCAAAGCACGGAAGGAGCAGCUAGGAGGAAUGCUACAGGCAAGGUCCGACGGGUGCCGGGGCCCCGCAGCUGGGCGAAUCUGCGUCCUGUGACAUCUUGCCCUGUCAAGUGCAAUUACUGUAAUCUUCCACAGCCUCUCAAAAUACGGAUUCCCAGCUUAGAAACCGGGCAUCCGCAGCAUGAAAGCUGCCUUUGUGCCUGGGCAGACCCUGGGCGCAAGCCAGCCGUUAGGUGCAUGAAGAAAAUGAGUUCUCCACGUGCUGGGAGAAGGGAGGAAAAACAAGCUUUCCCGCCCGACCCCACUGCAGACGGGCUGGAUUUCACCCACAUCUCCCCGCAGCAGCCGCCAAGGGGCCGGGAACUGCGCGGCCACACGUCCCCCCGGGAGUAACGGGGCCGGUGAGCACGGAGAAGCAGCCAGUCCCACAUCCCGGGUGAGCAGAGAACAGCCAACACAUCGGACCAUGGGGGCAGCUCACGGGAAAAAGAAAGAAUAUUCCCUUCAGUCCAAGUGUCCAAAUGGAAGCAGGAACCCUGGGAGUGGUGGCUCGGCAUCGAUGUACACUGAAAUACAGCGGGAGCAACCAGACAGUGGGAAUAUCCUGAAUCAGCCCGACUACAUAGAUGGAAACCCAGACCUCAUAAAACCUAAAAAGCUCCUAAAUCCUGUAAAAGCCUCGAAGAGCCACCAGGAGCUGCACAGAGAGCUGCUGAUGAACCACAGAAGGGGUUUGAGCAUGGAGAGCAAACCAGAGCUGCAGCGGGUGCUCGAGCACCGACGGCGAAACCAGCUCAUCAGACAGAAGAAGGAAGAGGAAGAGGCAAAGAAAUUGCAGUCCCCUUUUGAAAAAGAGCUACUAAAGAGGCACCAGAGGCUGGAUCAGUUGGAGAAAGAGCAGGAGAAGCAGGAAGACCAUGCACCAGAAUUCAUUAAAGUCAAGGAAAACCUGAGAAGAACAUCGACGGUGACAGGGAAGGAGAAAGCAGCGUAGCUUCUGCCAAAACUUCACGGGGAUCCUACGGAGGCCGCCGCUAACCCACGCACGCUGACAUCUCUGUACAUGGUGGACAUUCACAGCCGCAUCGUUGGGGCUACUUCUGGCUAUUAACACUUGCUCCAGUAGAAGGCACAAAAAAUGGUAUUGCCAGCCCAGGAAGGUAUCACUGGGGAAAAGGGGCAGUAUUCACGGAACAAGUAGUCACAUGAGGAGAUGCAGAGAGAAAUUAUGUUAUUUCCUCCCCC